AUGUCCCGGCGGGUGUUUGCGCGAAACAUGAAUGGAGAAAUCUCCUCCACAUGGCGUGGGGGCGGCUCGGAAGCGAACGCGAUGGGAGUUAAUGUCGCCACAUUCGGAGCCACAGGAGUAUUAGGCACGCAUAUUCAUCAUCUCUGUUGCUACCAUGGCUUCACAAGUAUUGUUCCUUUUCGCUUCCGAGCUGGAAUGGCAAGUGGCGUGCGGCAUCUCCGUAUGGCCGGUGAUGGAACUGUCGGGCAGAACUUCGACACGGACUACGAGAUUGACAAGGAGUUUGUAGUAAAGUCCAUAUUAGAAAAGGUAGACAACGUCAUCAACGCCGUAGGUGCAUGGCAGGAACCUGCCGUCUAUGAGAACAGUCAGUCGUGGUUUUCCAUGGAGGCGAUUAAUGUGGAAUGGCCACGUAUGUUGGCACGGUGGUGUCGUGAAAUGGGGAUUCUGCGCCUCACGCAUAUGUCCAUGGUGGGCGCAGACCUUCAUAGUCCCUCUAAACUAUUGCGGCAGAAGCGUGCGGCAGAGAUUGCGGUACUCGAGGAGUUUCCCACUGCCACCAUCAUUCGGGGCACGGAUAUCUUUGCUGAAAAUGACUACAGCUAUUCGCGCUAUCUCAUGGCGCAGCGCAAGUACAAGAUUGUUCCCAUGCCUAAUAGGGGACAACGUAUUCACCAACCCGUAUUUGCUGGUGAUCUCGCUGAAGCCACCUGCCGUUCCAUUCUUCUGGACCAUACGGAAGGCCGCAUUGCGGAACUCGGCGGGCCUGUGCGCUUUACCACAGCGGAUUACUUGCGAUGGUGUGCGGAUUGCAACGGUGUACUCAACUUGACAUGGCACAUGCCCAAAUGGAUGUGGCGCGUGGGAUGCACACUAAAUGAGCGACUUCCCAUCAAGCAAGGAAUUCUCCUCGGAACAAAAGCACCGUCGUGGAAUACGGAUUGGCUCGAGCGGCAAUUUAUUGAUAACUGCGCCACACCGGAACGGGACCCCGAGCUGUUGGAUUGGGAGGACUUUGGAAUCCCACGCGAGGAUCUUUACAGGAUGGAGGAGAAAUAUUUUAUUACAUCCGCCAUGUGGUCGCAGGACUCCCCGUAUUUAGACUUGGCCCCACGAAUGUAA